AUGGACAACAUCGAGCCAUUAGAUGAGGCAAUUUACCUUAUAGAGAUAAAUGAAGUUGUUAAGCAGUACUUGGGCAAGGACAAAGCCAACAAGUCCCUCGGCUUCUGGUUGUCUGGAAGAGGUGCGCUGAAAAUCGAAAUUGAAACCGGAAUUCCAAUUCAAAUACCAGAAAACACUCCUGUAGACGACAUAAAGGAGAUGAAGAAAGAAGCUCUUCUCAAGUUCUUUGCAAAGCGCCCAUGGAUACAACUUCCAAACAGAGAGAGUCCAAUUCCACAAAUUAUAUAA